AUGACUGCUCGCGAUCGACUCAUCGAAAUGCAACAACUAUCCGGUAUGGAGGAAGGCUUGAGAAACACAAGAAAUGAUUCAACUUUUGUAAACGACAAUGGACUAGCUCACUUCCUAGAAAGCGUCGACUCGAUUCGGCACAUUUUGAUGACGUUAAAUAUGGAUCGAGAGUCGAUUCAAAAUGAACAGGAAGCCUCACUUGCUGCCGGUUGUGCCGAUCCUCACAAGUGUCGAACUGUGAACGAUCACAGCGAUCAGUUCAUUCGUCAGGCACGUGUCGUUCGUGGGCGUCUUCGCGAGGCUACCGAUGAUUUGAAGAACUAUCCAGAAAGUGGAUUCGGAACUGGUCGCGCUCGACAUGAGCAGGUCCGCACUCUGAUAACCUCGUUCGAGACAAUAAUGACUAAAUUUAGCGAAGACCAGACAAGCUAUAAGAAAAGAGCCUCUCGAAAAGUGGCCGAAUAUUUCCGAAAACAGAACAUUGAGGUGACUGAUCGACAGAUUGACCAUGCACUUGAAAAUGGAAGUUUGUUCUCGUUGACACGGAAUAUCAAUAUGGGAGUAUCAGAAAAGAAGGCGUUGUUCGAUGAUGUCAAGAAUAGAGCCACCGAUAUUAUGCUCAUUGAGAAACAUAUUCAAGACAUUUCGGAAUUGUUUGAAGAUUUACACGCAAUGGUUCAGCAACAAGGAGAAACAAUUGAUCGAAUCGAGACGAGUGUGUGCAACGCGACUGAGUAUGCUGGGCGUGCCGAACGCGAUGUCCGAGCGGCUGUUCAGUACCGUCAGAAAAGUUACAAAUGGAAAAUCAUCAUCUGCAUCGUUCUCAUUCUUCUUGUACUUAUUCUACUCAUGGCUGCUAAAGCAUUCUUGUGGCCUUUUUGA